AUGAGCCUGUGGGUGGACCGGUACCGGCCGAGCUCGCUGGGCCGCCUGGACUAUCACAAGGAGCAGGCGGCCCAGCUGCGCAACCUGGUGCAGUGUGGUGACUUUCCUCACCUGUUAGUUUACGGGCCGUCAGGUGCAGGGAAAAAGACAAGAAUCAUGUGCAUUCUCCGGGAGCUGUACGGUGUGGGAGUGGAGAAGUUGAGAAUCGAACAUCAGACCAUCACGACCCCAUCUAAAAAGAAGAUUGAAAUCAGCACCAUUGCAAGUAACUACCACCUGGAACUUAACCCCAGUGAUGCUGGAAGCAGUGACCGUGUGGUCGUCCAGGAGGUGCUCAAGACCGUAGCUCAGGCUCAGCAGCUGGAGACCAACGCCCAGAGGGACUUCAAAGUGGUGCUUCUGACGGAGGUGGACAGGCUCACCAAGGAUGCCCAGCAUGCCUUGCGCCGAACCAUGGAGAAGUAUAUGUCCACCUGCAGACUGAUCUUGUGCUGCAACUCGACCUCCAAGGUGAUCGCGCCCAUCCGCAGCAGGUGCCUGGCGGUGCGUGUGCCCGCGCCCACCAUCGAAGAGAUCUGCCACGUGCUGUCCGCUGUGUGCAAGAAGGAGGGCCUGACUCUCCCCCCGCAGCUGGCAGUCAGACUGGCCGAGAAGUCCCACCGGAACCUCCGCAAAGCCCUCCUCAUGUGUGAAGCCUGCCGAGUGCAGCAGUACCCGUUCCUGGCCGACCAAGACAUCCCGGAGACAGACUGGGAGGUGUACCUGAGGGAGACGGCCAACGCCAUUGUCAGCCAGCAGAGCCCACAGAGACUCCUGGAAGCCCGAGGAAGACUCUACGAACUUCUCACUCACUGUAUCCCUCCGGAGAUAAUAAUGAAGGGCCUCCUCUCAGAGCUUCUCCGGAACUGUGACGGGCAGCUGAAGGGGGAGGUGGCCCAGAUGGCGGCUUACUACGAGCACCGUCUGCAGCUGGGCAGCAAGGCCAUUUACCACCUGGAAGCGUUUGUGGCCAAGUUCAUGGCGCUCUACAAGAAGUUCAUGGAGGAUGGGCUGGAAGGCAUGGUGUUCUGA